CUCUCUCUCUCUCUCUCUCUCUCUCUCGCUCUCUCUCUCUCUCUCUCUCUCCCUCUCCCUCUCUCUCUCUCCCCUUCCUCCCUCGCCCGCUCUCUCUCUCUCUCUCUCUCUCUCUCUCUCUCUCUCUCUCUCUCUCUCUCUCUCUCUCUCUCUCUCUCUCUCUCUCUCUCUCUCUCUCUCUCUCUCUCUCUCUCUCUCUCUCUCUCCCUCUCUCUCUCUCUCUCUCCUCCCUCUCUCUCCCUCUCUCUCCCUCUCUCUCUCUCUCUCUGUCUCUCUCUCUCUCCCCCGUUCAGCUCGGUUUAACGCUCGCUCAGACACACUCAGAGCCGUUUCACAAACACACAUGACAAUACGCUGCUGUGUUUACCUUUGUUGCUCAACACCGCACGCACACACACACACACUCACACACACACACACACACACACACUCUCUCACACACUCACACACACACACUCACACACACACACUCGAACAGAAGACAUGAUCUGGACUCUCAGGUCUCGGCCCUGAUGUCCUCGACCCUCAGGUCUGUUUAUGACCUGAAUAACCUUUGACCCUGAAGUUCACAGACAGGCUGUCAAUCAUCUUCUGGGUCAUUUAUCCGGGUCUUUAGUAAAGGAGGUAAAAGUGGGUCCACCAUCAAACUCAAGACCAGGUCUAACCCUCGUCUCCCUCCACAGGGGCAGUACCGGCCUUCAGACCUCCUGUGCCCGGAAACCUUCGCCUGGGUCUCCAUCGAGGAAUGCCUUCCCCAUCUGGAGAACUCCCGCUACGCCCGCUUCAACCCAGAUCCUGAUGCAGGUACAGCUCUGAAACCCAGAACUCUAGUAUGAACCUAAAGUUAAACACCAGAACCGGUCCUGAGAGAGCAGACCCGGAGACCCAGAAAGAACCUGAAAGUAACUCCAAAGAUCUGUUAGUCUAAAGUUAUUGAGAUAAAAUUUAGUUAAAAGACUAAAAAGGUUUUUAGUUUGUAAUUAUAAAAAUAUAUUAUAUUGAGGUUCAUGGACUGUAAACCAAGCAGACUCUUACUAGCUCACUAAAGUCUGGUCCCUGAAUUCUGGUCCCUGAAGUCUGGUCCCUGAAUUCUGGUCCCUAAACUGGUUAAAUGGUGGAGAUGUUCUUCAUAUUUUCAUUUAAAUUCUGAGAAAAGUUCCUCGGAUGGGCAAAAAAAAUCUAACUGAAAAAGGUCAGUGAAGGUCCACCUGAAGGUCCACCUGAAGGUCCACCUGAAGAUCCACCUGAAGAUCCACCUGAAGGUCCACCUGAAGAUCCACCUGAAGGUCCACCUGAAGAUCCACCUGAAGGUCCACCUGAAGGUCUACCUGAAGGUCCACCUGGUUACCUGGGUCAGUGGAGGUCAUGGUUCUGCAGAACUCAAAGUUAAAGCCUGACCCAGCAGACAAAUAUCUGACCCACCACUCAGUCUUGGAUCCUGGAUUCUGGAUGAACCCCAGAACUCUUCUGUUAGCGUCUGAUCUGGUUUCUGUGGGCAGGGGUCUCUGACUGAGGGCCAGCAGCUUUCUUCACACAGUCUCGGGUCCAAACAAUCCUCCAGCUCGGAUCCUCAGAGCCGAGCCAGCGCGCUGGUUCUGGACGGGCCGUGUUGGUAUUAGAUGAACAGUGAUACCAGCAGAACUAAACCACACAGAGAAGGCAGACCGGCAGACGCCUGCUGCUCGGAGGGCCGGGGUGAGAACCAGGAUCAGGGAGCCGGACUGUCGUUUCUCACUUUAGAGACUCUGAAGUUCUUCAGUCUCAAAGUAGAACUGAGUCUCAUCUGCAUGAAAACAAACGUCCUCAUUACGUCACCCAGAGGAAGCGAGUAUACAGGAUGUAAAGAACCGGUCUGAGCCAAACCUAAAGUGAGUCAAUGUGGACCAGAGUGGUCCAGUGGACCAGGGCCAAGAACUCCAGCUGACUUCAGUCUAUUAAUCUGACAAACCCAGAGAGAGAGUCAGGAGAGGACAAGAACGGUGGAGUGGACCGGGACUGAUGGACGGACGCAGACGGGGGGGAGGGGCAGCAUCACAUUAAAGGGUUUUAUAAAGAUUGGACAGGGGGGGGGGGCACUGAGAGAGAGAGAGAGGGAGAGAGAGAGAGAGACAGAGAGAGAGAGAGAGAGAGAGGGAAAUAUAAUAAAGAGGAGAUGGAUGGACCAGCAGCAGGAGAAGGCGGAGGAGGACAGGGGGAGUGAGGUCAUACUUCGACUGUGAGCCGGAUCAGAACAAAUACUCAUGUAGACGUUAGAGAGAUAGAUCUCUCUGUCCGGGAGGGUCCACAAGGUCAGGAGUCAGACUGUGUGAGGAUGUGAAGUUCAGGGUCUGAAGGUCUGAAGUUCAGUCACAGGUUUGAAGGAAAUCUGGUUUCUGUUCAUUUCUGUCCUGGAUGGUGUUCUUUGUUGACUCAGUGGGCGGAGAGGGUACCACACCCAGGACAAACCAGGACACCAGGACCCAUGAGUGCCCGGGUCCAUUCAGACAGGACCAUGAACAGCUUCAUCAGGGCUCCACAGUGUGACCGUUUCACUCACAUCUGCGAUUAAAAAUAGAUGAUGUAGAAUCGUCAAAUGUCUUUGGGGUCAAUUAAAAAAAAAUCAACAAAUGUUUUUCCUGUAAAUACGGCGGUGAAGUUAGUUUCAGGUUGGAUAUAUUUUCCUGUAAAUACGGCGGUGAAGUUAGUUUCAGGUUGGAUAUAUUUUCCUGUAAAUACGGCGGUGAAGUUAGUUUCAGGUUGGAUAUAUUCUCCUGUAAAUACGGCGGUGAAGUUAGUUUCAGGUUGGAUAUAUUUUCCUGUAAAUAUGGCGGUGAAGUUAGUUUCAGGUUGGAUAUAUUCUCCUGUAAAUACGGCGGUGAAGUUAGUUUCAGGUUGGAUAUAUUUUCCUGUAAAUACGGCGGUGAAGUUAGUUUUAGGUUGGAUAUAUUUUCCUGUAAAUACGGCGGUGAAGUUAGUUUUAGGUUGGAUAUAUUUUCCUGUAAAUACGGCGGUGAAGUUAGUUUCAGGUUGGAUAUAUUUUCCUGUAAAUACGGCGGUGAAGUUAGUUUCAGGUUGGAUAUAUUUUCCUGUAAAUACGGCGGUGAAGUUAGUUUCAGGUUGGAUAUAUUUUCCUGUAAAUACGGCGGUGAAGUUAGUUUUAGGUUGGAUAUAUUUUCCUGUAAAUACGGCGGUGAAGUUAGUUUCAGGUUGGAUAUAUUUUCCUGUAAAUACGGCGGUGAAGUUAGUUUCAGGUUGGAUAUAUUUUCCUGUAAAUACGGCGGUGAAGUUAGUUUUAGGUUGGAUAUAUUUUCCUGUAAAUACGGCGGUGAAGUUAGUUUCAGGUUGGAUAUAUUUUCCUGUAAAUACGGCGGUGAAGUUAGUUUCAGGUUGGAUAUAUUUUCCUGUAAAUACGGCGGUGAAGUUAGUUUUAGGUUGGAUAUAUUUUCCUGUAAAUACGGCGGUGAAGUUAGUUUCAGGUUGGAUAUAUUUUCCUGUAAAUACGGCGGUGAAGUUAGUUUCAGGUUGGAUAUAUUUUCCUGUAAAUACGGCGGUGAAGUUAGUUUUAGGUUGGAUAUAUUUUCCUGUAAAUACGGCGGUGAAGUUAGUUUCAGGUUGGAUAUAUUUUCCUGUAAAUACGGCGGUGAAGUUAGUUUCAGGUUGGAUAUAUUUUCCUGUAAAUACGGCGGUGAAGUUAGUUUCAGGUUGGAUAUAUUUUCCUGUAAAUACGGCGGUGAAGUUAGUUUUAGGUUGGAUAUAUUUUCCUGUAAAUACGGCGGUGAAGUUAGUUUUAGGUUGGAUAUAUUUUCCUGUAAAUACGGCGGUGAAGUUAGUUUUAGGUUGGAUAUAUUUUCCUGUAAAUACGGCGGUGAAGUUAGUUUCAGGUUGGAUAUAUUUUCCUGUAAAUACGGCGGUGAAGUUAGUUUUAGGUUGGAUAUAUUUUCCUGUGAAUACGGCGGUGAAGUUAGUUUUAGGUUGGAUAUCUGACGGACAUUCUCUGAGGAUCUACCGGUGUCUUCUCACUCUCCAUAAGCGGGAAUAACAACAGCAGCGCGGUUAAAUCUACUCGACACCCCUCUGCGUCCAAAGAUCGCUCCUCUGUCUGCGUCUCUGUGUACUGGUUCUCCAGUUGUUGAUCUUGGACCGGUCCAGACUGGGUUUUUUCAGGCGGACCGGUCCAAACACUGUCACCAUGCUUCAAUGCUGGCUGUGUUGAUGUGGAGUUCUGGGGCCUGGUGCCAGCCUGUGGGAGGUUCUGGUGGUUUGGAGUUUUCCAGUGGUCAGUCAGUCAGCAGGUCAUGGUCAGGUUGGCAGCAUGGUGCUCCGUGGACCGCUGUGGUGCUCCGUGGACCGCUGUGGCGCUCCGGGGACCGCUGUGGCUCGGUCCUAAUAGGCAGUUUGUUCCUGUGCGGCUUGUUUUUGGUCUCCAGUAAGAGGUCCGGAUCUGUUCCCAAGUCCUGAGUGGAUGUGAUGGACUGAAACCUCCUCAGACUCUGAUGGACGUGGUUUUACUCUGAUGUCGCCCGUUGGCGUGGCGCCUGAUGUGUGGCAGUAAAGCCAUCGCCACGUUGGUUUUCUGGGUCUGCAUGUGACCACAGUUGGGCCUGGAGGAUCAGCAGAAGCCCAGUUUUCUUUACUUGAAAGGUUCUGGUUUUAGGACUCUAGAGGGUGAAGACAGAGGAGACAGAGUCAGACGACACCAUGAUGAGAAGAAAUCUCUGUAUUUCUGAACAUCGAGGUUCACGGACCAACGAUGAUGAUGAUGAAGGUUCUGGUUGUUCUACCUGCUCAGCAGAAAGUCCAGGUCCCUCAGAGUUGGUUCUGUUCUAGUCUCAGAUGAUCAGUCAUCUCUCUGGUUCUGUGCGCCCCGGUUCUCUUUGUUCUGAAUGAUUCAGCGUUAAUAUUUCACUGUAGGGUUUUUUUGGCAGUAAUAUCCAAAUCUCUCUGCCGAUACUUCCUGUUUUGCGAUGACUGCCGCCCUCAUAUGGUUACGACUACCGUAGUGAAUCCUAUAGAGGCGCACACGACUUUCAGCUUUCCAACACCGCUGAAAUUUUCCUGAUCGGACUUUGUUGAAGUUACGGUAAAAACAUUCUGAGUAUACAAAACAGAGCGCCGGCGGGCGCCAUGACGGUAUUGAAACUGAUACCUGAGACCAGGAAACCGAGACGGUCCGGAGAGUCAAAACAGACGGACGAACGUGAACCGAUCUGGUCCCAUCAGUUCUCACACUGCCUGGUUCUGAGGCCCCUCUUCAGACCCACAUGUGUGUGUGUGUGUGUGGGGGGGGGUGUUGGUUGUGCGUUCAGAUUGUGUGACCGGGUCACAGAGCGGUCCUAAUGAGGUGUGUAAAGACGGCUAAUCUAAAGUUUACACUCUUCUGUCCAACACACACUCACUGGGAUUACACGCCUGUUUCUCCCAUACAAGGACACACACAGAUACACAAACACACACACACACACACACACACACACACACUCAUAAUGAGUGUUUCCUCACACUCUGAAGUAGCAGCAUUGUUCGCUCUGCAGGAUAAACACUGUCAGUAAAGAGGGACACGAGUUCUCAGACCAGGACCUCGAGGGCGCUCUGCAGGCGCCAAACAGACGCACUGAGUUCCAGCGCACCCGUGGACGCCAGGAUGGAGGUCGUCCUCCUGGAGUUCUCGCUGUUUGUGUCAAACAAAGUCAAGAGUCUGAGAUCUUUGUUUCUGUAUCUGAGGUCAUGGUUUUGGGGUCGAUCCAAAAACCAGUCUGAGUCCCAGAAGAGAGACCAAAACCUCCGGACCUCAGAACAGAACUGACGGAUUCCUCUCAUGUUCCUCUCAUGUUCCUCUCAUGUUCCUCUCAUGUUCCACAUUCACUCCCACAGAGUUGAUCUAAAGACGUCUGAGACCUGGACCAUUAAAAACAUUGAAAUAAAAUAAAUAAAAAUACAAACAUCAAACCCCGCCCACCCUCACAACCCCUCAUUCAACACGUACAGCACUCACACAUUCACACACACACACACACACACACACACACACACACACACACACACACACACACACACAUCUAAGACCAGGUCAACUCUCCACAGAUGACUGAGGAAACUCUGGAUCUGAGACUAAAACGAUAAAACUAUAAUAAAAUUUAAUUAAAGUGAUAAAGUGUUUAAACUUAAUAAAAUAAAACAGUUUUAACGUCAAACAAGAACAGAAAUUUAAUUUAAAAAGACGUAAUAAAACACAGAAUAGUUACUCUGGGACUAAAAUAGGAUAAAAUCACAUAAUUCAGAUUAAAAGAUUAAAACUAAAUUGAACUAAAAGACUAAAAAGGUCUUUAGUUUAGUUUUAAAAUCUGAACAGUAGAUGGCGCUCUCAGGUCUGCAGGUCGGCUGUUCCACAGAUGAAGACUGUAAUAUUGGAAAGAUGAUUCACCGCAUGUUUGAGUUUUUAUUUUGGGAAUGAUUAAAAGACCUGAAGACCUGAGGGCUGGACCAGGAUCACACGGUAAAACGAGAAGGACCAUGAAGACCAUGAAGAGCUUUAAAAACUAACAAAAGAACCUGAAACUCUAAAAUCAGACUCAGGGAACCAACGUCGGCGUGAUGAUGUGGGCUCUCUGAAUAUUGAAGGAGCAGAAGAACCUGUGAGAAGAUCUUUUUAGGAAGACCAGACAGGAGACGCAUGAAGGUUCUCCAAAACCUGCUGGUGGACCUUCAGCUGUGUUGACUCGGUCUUGUCUGAGCUGCUGGUUCACUCCUGGGUCUCUGGGGUCACAGUCAGAGACUCUGGUCUCUGUGGUGGUCUCUGUGGUCUCCAUCAGACUGAAGGAUGGUCGGGUUCCUCUCCUAGUCCUGUUUUCUUGGACCUCCUGCCCCUUUUCUCUCAUUUUGAGGAGCAGCUCCGAGAACUCUUUUGUCCUUCAGGAAGUCCCUCUCUCUCCGACUCUGAGGUCAAGAUCCUCGGUCAGAUUUGGGGUUUGGGGGUCUUGUACCACAGAAGGGUCUUGAACCCUCUCUGUGUCUCUGGCUCUGGUUCUUUCAGACCCGGGUCUUCUCCUGGAUCUGAAACACCGGGUCAGAGGAAGCGGUCGUAACCCCGCAGACUCAUGGAGUCUUUGAGAUUUUGAGGAGAGAGGAGGAGCGUGAGGAGGUGUCAGGACCCCUCGCCUCGCCUCUGACCCUCACCACUCCUCUUCCCCCGACCCUUGAACCCCGACCCCGCAGAGCAGUGACCUCGGAGCGGCGUGUCGCUGAACGUCCGGUGGGCCUGCAGAGAGAAGGGUCUGGAUCUCCUCAGCAGGAGGAGGAGGAGGAGGAGUGAGAGUUGUUUAUGUGAGCAGCGGAUGUUUGGAGUGAGGAGAGCGAUGAGGUCUCUGCUGAGGUUAAUAGACCCUCAGAGAGCUCCAGGAGACCAGGACCAGGAGAGUCCAACACUCUCACACACUCUCACACGUCUCUGUUUAGGUCCGAGUAAGCAUCUGUCAGCGUGAUGAAGAACAGGAGGACGUCCUCUGAAGGACGAGGAGCUUCUUCAGGAAACAUCAGAUCUUUAAACAUGAACGCUCUCAGCUGUCAGCGUCCAUCUCCUCAGUCUGCUGAAGGGAGGAGGAGGAGGAGGAGGAGGAGACACCUUCAGAGAGGAGACUCAGCAGGUUUAGAGAGACGGCGGUGAGGGCGUCACUGAUGGAGGAACUGAAGCUGAUAAAUCAAACAAGGAGGAGGAGGAGAGAAGGAGGAGAAAUAAAUCCAGAGAGGUUAUAAAAUCAGACAAAUGUAGAGACACGGAAAUAUAAAAAAGGACCUCAGUGUGAUUUUAGUUUGUAGAUGAUCGUCGAACCUUCAGACAGAGAACUUCAGAAGGUUCAUGAUGGACUCAGUCUCAGGUUCACAGUCAGUCCGUUUCCAUGACACUCGAAAAAACGAAUUAUCGCCUUAUUCCGAUGAAGACCGGACAACUGAAGGUCAUGUAAACACUUUAGUCCGACUAUAAUCGAGUUUAAGAACUUUGAUUAAAACACACAGAUAAUGAGAUUAGAAUUCGAUUUUCUCUACCAUGUAACCAGCGUAGUCGGAGUAUGAUCGGAAACAGCGCUGCUGAAAAGACCCAUAUCGCCCCCUAGUGUUGGGGAGGAGGACACGUUCACGUCAGUAAUUCAAUUUUCUCAGCUGCAUGUAAACGAGGACGAGGAGAGAAGUCUGAUUCAGAGAAAAAGACGAGUUAUGAGGUUAGUCUGAUUAAAGUGAGACUGUAAACGAACUGAGUGACAGCCGGAAUAAUUGCGCCACAGGACAGGAAGUAAACUCAGGUGAAGUGCUCCCUACUGCCCCUUGAGGAAACCAGAGGAAUUGCAGGUAAAUCAGCAGGAGACAUGACAAACUCCGGUCAACAACAAAUCCAGUCGAGCUGCCGAGUCCAGGGAUCAGCUGAUCGUCCCGCUCUGUUCUGUCGAGAGAGCAGCGUUUAUUUCCCAUCAUGCUCUGCUGCUGCUGAAGACUCAGAGUUUAAAUCAGUAAAAGGGCCGAAGGAGAACCUCUCAGACCUGCAGAAACCACACAGAGGCCCUUAAACCAGAACCAGUACCGACGCUGCUCCACAGGGACUCCAGGUUCAGGAACUAAAAACACUUAAGCUCCUCCCACAGGUCCCCAGAGGUUAAACCACGAGGAGAAAUCAGGACGCUGUUUACUGACUGUGUUUAACACUCCCCCUGUGUGUGUGUGUGUGUGUGUGUGUGUGUGUGUGUGUGUGUGUGUGUGUGUGUGUGUGUGUGUGUGUGUGUGUGUGCGCGUGCGUGCAGGAGACGCUCGGCUGCUGAAGGACGUGGGCCGCGCUCUGGUUCUCCACAGACGGACCGUCAUGCCGUACGCCGUCUACUCCAAGAAGCGUCGAGGUUCGAGUGACGAGGUGGAGGUCCAGCAGUACGCCGGGCUGGUGGGUCAGGACUGUGCCGAGAGGAUCCUGCUGUACCGGGCCUGAACACACACACACCUGAGCACCUUUUAACCUGCAUACGUGCACACUAAGACACACACACACACACACACACACACACACUCACCUCUGUGUUGGUCCGUCUGCUUCCUGCUGCCUCGUCUCUCUCGUCUCUCGUUCAGCUUCACGAUGAAGGAGCCAAUCACAGUCUGCUGUAUUCCAUAGUUAUCCAAUCACACGUCAGUCCUCCUGUGACCUCUGACCUCUCUCCCGCAGCGUCCUCUCUCACAUAUAUUUGACCCUUGAACCCUACAGACCUGAUGCUGUUAAAAACGUCCAAAAAAAAAAAACAAGUUUCAGAUUUUAUUUUAUUUUUAUUUUUCAGCCUCAAACUUAAAAUUCAGCUUUAAGAGAAGCUGAGAGCGCACUGUCUGUGUGUGUGUCUGUGUGUGUGUGUGUGUCUGUGUCUGUGUGUGUGUGUGUCUGUGUGUGUCUGUCUGAAAUAUUUAUGGCUUUAUUUCCUUUUAUUAUUGAUCUGUUCUUGUUUUCGCUCAAACCAAAUAAAGGUUGUAUCUUCACUC